GGGAGGUGGUGGGCGGGAAUGGUACUUGAGGGGGUAGGCAUGAAGGACUUUUUGAGGUUGUACGGAGGUAGAGAUGGGAAAGAAAAAUACGGGUUUGGAUAUGGAUGUGGAAAGGUAUGGCGCGGUGCUCAUGCCGCUUUUCUUGUCCGUUGCUGAGGGGGAAGUUACAGUGCUAGUGCAUCCGUUAAGUCGUAGUGAAUGUGGGCAGAAGCAGGUACGAUGGGAUGGGAUGGUGUCGUCGCGGUGUAGAGCGGAAUUCAUAUUUAUUGCGGGGUCCCCGUCACCAGCGUCUCUUGUUUACUUUCUUUCCCUCAACAUCACGCUUACUUUUGUUUUUCUGGACUCGCACACAACGACGCAUCGCAUCGCAUCGCAUCAAUACCGUAAUUGUUAUUUACUCUGCAUCGUGAAUACUCUGAGAAAUAUCCAUCUCAAAUAUCGAGCGUCAAGAUGCAUUUCUUCGUUCCCGUCGUCUCCUCCCUUCUCGUCUCGCUCGUCGCGGGUCAGACUACCUGCGCAGCCAAGCCAGUUUUCGACUCUUGCAUGGCCACGACGAUGGGAUAUGUUAGUUCUUGCAGUAACCAAGAUAUGGGUAUGAAUAAACACUUCAACUCUCUUCCUUCCAUCCACUAAUACCUCAACAGGAUGCUUGUGCCGCACAUGGGGAGACGUCUUGAAGUUCGUACCCUCCUCAUUCAUCCUUGCUCGAUCAACUCAACUAACGCAUUACAGCUGCUACCUCCAAUGUCCCGAAGACAUCGGAUACCAAACCGCACUCGCCAGCAAGACGGCCUACUGCAAUAGCGCUUCCGCGUAUCCAUCUACCACCCCUGCUGUCAGUGGCUCACCAACGGCUGCUCCGCCCAGUGGUGCUAACAAUGCCGUUUCGUCUGGAUCGCCCUCUACUACGCUUUCUGGACCUGCGGCCACUUCCCGACCCACUGGUACUGCUUCUUCGUCUGCAGCUCCCGCUUCUACUUCUGGUAGUUCGGCGGAGAGAGUUGUUGUUGGUGCUGGUGGGUUGUUGAUGGGGCUUGUCGCUGCUGUUUUGUGAGGCAGAUGAGGGUAUGAUGGUAUGAAGGAGGGAUGAUGGAUGAUGGAUGAUUAUGAGAUUUAUGGGUAUGAUUAGGGGACUUGCGCUUCGUGUACAGAUUAUUGGAUGGGUGUGGUGUUGCGCGGGGUUUUUAUGGGGGGAAUGAGCAUACCGGUAAUGAAUGGAUCGAUCAUGGGGUUAUGAAUUGAUAAUGCUUAAUGGAAUGAUACUCUUUAUUA